AUGUCUAGUGACAAAGACGUAAGUCAAGAGUGGUCUAAACUUAAGCCUGCUCCACCACCGCCACCAUCGCCUUCCAAUUCGCAUUCAAAUUAUCAACCUUCAACAGCACCGUCAACGCUUCUUCCACCUUCGACGGUAUCCUCAACAACAUCAUCUGAACACGCCGUACGCGCAAUACGUGAAGGUUUGGGUUGGUUACCAGCAGAAAAGUUGGAUCAAAUGGAUACGCAAAAGCUCAAACGUCUCGUGAUGAAAGCGAUUGGCGAAGAUAGUGAUGAUGCUGAGACUGUUCGUCCUCCUACCGUGAUUGAUAAUUCUGCUUGGUUUGUGAAGCAUAGUGGACCUUUGCCUGUUGGAUGGAAAGCAGAAUAUGAUACCAAUCAACAAGCAUGGUAUUUCUACAAUGGUGCAACCACCACCUGGACUGACCCGCGUGCCAAUACGCAAUUCGCACAAACUGAUCCAGCUACCAUGCGUGCAUAUGCUGAAUGGUAUGCCAAUACUUAUGCUUUGUCUUAUGCCACUAUGCAAUUUGCACAAGGUGGGGAAGGACCGGUUGCGAAGGAAUUGAAAAGGGAAAAGAGACGUGCACGAGAGUACAAGAAUAUAAAAACAUUGAUUGAUGAAGCAAGUAGAAGAAUUCAAGAAGCAACUGAUCAAGACGAAAAGAGACAGGCUGAAAUUGAUUUAGCAAGAGCGCAAGGAAUGUUGGACCGCUUACGUGCAGAUGAUGAAGCGAAGAAUUAUCCCUCUGCUUUUCAUAAUGUACGUUCGCCAUCAGUACCUCUUCACGGUUCGAUGAUGAUGAAAGGCAGUUCCGUGCCAACUCCGUAUGGAAUGCCAGAGCAACUGUUUGCGUGGGAUAUGCAUAUGCGAUCGACAAUGCCGACAGAGGCCUUGGCAACUGUUUUCCCACCACAAAAGCGAUGA